GGCUGCUGACCGCCAACAUCAAUCAGUGCUCGAGGCCUCCCUCCCACCCCCAGCAGUCGGAGUCCCACCCCCGGCACCCGACCCCCGGGCCGGCACCCCACAACCGCUGCUCGGACACACCGCCGGCCGCCUCCCUCCCUCCCCCCGGGUCCCACCGCCGCUGCCGGAAAAAAGUUUCCCCAAAAGUUCGGGAAAGUUUGUGCGGCCGGGGGGAGGGGACCGGAGCCGGGUUGCGUGAACCGGGAGCGGGCGAUGCCCUGUCGCCUGGUCCCGGACACCGGCGGAAAUUGCUGAGCCACUCCUGGGAGCUGGGAAUGCCGGAGGGUGGCAGGAGCCCGGUGUCGGUUCAAGUGUGAUUGGUUGCUGAGCAAGGUCACCAUGGCAGGGGCCUCGGUGAAGGUGGCUGUUCGUGUCCGUCCCUUCAGCCCCCGGGAGCUGCGUUUGAAUGCCACCUGUAUCAUCCACAUGUCUGGCAACUGCACCAGUAUCACAAAUCCCAAACAGACAAAAGAUGCCGCCAAGUCUUUCACCUUCGACCACUCGUACUGGUCACACGGCUCGCCUGAGGACCCGGGGUUCGUGUCCCAACGGCAUUUGUACCUGGACCUGGGGGAGGAGAUGUUGCUUCACGCUUUCCAGGGCUACAACGUCUGUGUGCUGGCAUAUGGACAGACCGGCGCAGGCAAGUCCUACACCAUGGUGGGGCGGCCGGUCUCCGAGCCAGGACUCAUCCCACAGCUCUGUGAGGACCUGUUCUCCAGGAUCGAGAGUAGCCGCAGUGAUGAGCUGUCACACUCAGUGGAGGUCAGUUACAUGGAGAUCUACUGUGAGCGUGUACGUGACCUCCUAAACCCCAGGAGCGGAGGGAACCUACGAGUGAGGGAGCACCCCUUGCUCGGCCCCUACGUGGAGGGUCUAUCUCGGCUGGCGGCCACCAGCUCCCACCACAUCGCUGAGCUCAUGGACUGCGGCAACCGGGCCCGGACGGUCGCUGCCACCAACAUGAAUGAAGCCAGCAGCCGCUCUCACGCAGUCUUCACCAUCAUCUUCACCCAGAAACGGCACGACUCCGUGACUGAGCUCUCCACUGAGAGGGUCAGCAAGAUCAGCUUGGUGGAUUUGGCAGGAAGUGAAAGGGCAGAUGCCGCUGGGACAAAGGGCAUGAGGUUAAAGGAAGGAGCCAACAUUAACAAGUCCCUGACUACCCUGGGGAAGGUGAUCUCUGCGUUGGCUGAAAUGCAGGGCAAGAGGAAGAAGUCUGAGUUCAUUCCGUACCGGGACUCUGUGCUGACCUGGCUGCUGAAGGAGAAUCUGGGAGGCAACUCUCGAACGGCCAUGAUCGCCGCCCUCAGCCCCGCGGACAUCAACUACGAGGAAACCCUCAGCACACUGAGGUACGCAGACCGAGCCAAGCAGAUCAAAUGUAAUGCAGUGGUGAAUGAGGACCCCAAUGCCCGGCUGAUCCGCGAGCUGAAGGAGGAGGUGUCCCGCCUCAGGCAGCUGCUGAGCACCCAGGGGCUGGCAUUGGUCCAAGGUGUCAGGCUUCCAGAGUCGGACUCUACCCAGCCCACUGUGGAUCCGGUCUGGUCCAACGGAGCAACUCCUGACUCCUUCAGCCCCUCCCCCAGUGAGGUGGGUGGCGUGAGCCCUGUGCCCAAGGUCAGGGAGGGGUCAGUGGUCGGGGAUGCAGUGACCCUGGAGGGAUCUCAGGGCCCAGCAGUGCCAGCAGGGCCACUGACCAGCGAAGAGGCUCUUGACCGUCUGCAGGAGACGGAGAGAAUCAUCGAGGAGCUGAAUGAAAGCUGGGAGGAGAAACUGCGGAAAACGGAGCAACUCCGCGUCGAGAGGGAGGAACUGCUGGCCGAGAUGGGUCUUGCCACCCGAGAAGAUGGGGGUACCGUUGGCGUCUUCUCCCCCAAGAAGACCCCGCACUUGGUGAACCUGAACGAGGACCCCUUGAUGUCGGAGUGUCUCCUGUACUACAUCAAGGAUGGGGUGACCAGAGUCGGAAGGUUGGAUGUUGACAUUAAGCUGAGCGGUGACUUCAUCAAGGACCAGCAUUGUGUGUUCCGCAGCGAGACAGGGCUCGGGGGAGAUGUGACAGUGACUCUGGAGCCAUGUGAAGGAGCUGAUACCUAUGUCAACGGGAAGCAACUGACGGGCCCCCUGGUUCUGCGCCAAGGUAACCGCGUGGUGCUGGGCAAGAGCCACGUGUUCCGAUUUAACCACCCGGAGCAGGUGAGGCUGGAGCGGGAGAGGGGGCCCAGCCUGGGACCCCUUCCGGAGGCGGCCGACUGGACCUUUGCCCAGAGGGAGCUGCUUGAGAAGGAGGGCAUCGAUAUCCGGCUGGAAGUGGAGCGUAGACUGCAGGACGUGGAGAACCAGUACCGUCGUGAGAAGGAGGAGGCCGACCUGCAACUGGAGCAGUCCCGGCUGUACGCAGACUCAGACAGCGGCGAUGACUCAGACAAGCGCUCGUGCGAGGAGAGCUGGCGCCUUAUCGCCUCGCUGCGGGAGAAGCUGCCAGCCAGCAAGGUGCAGAGCAUCGUCCGGCGCUGCGGGCUGCCCAGCAGUGGGAAGAAGCGGGCGCCACAGCCUGUGUACCAGAUCCCCCAGCGGCGCCGCAUCAGCAAGGAUCCGCGGUGGGUGACGCUGGCUGACCUGAAGAUGCAGGCGGUGAAGGAGAUGUGCUACGAGGUGGCCCUUAACGACUUCAAGCACUCGAGGGAUGAGAUUGAGGCCAUGACAGUGGUGAAGAUGAAGGAACUAUCCCGCAUGUACGGCAAGAAGGACCCCAACGAGCGGGAGACGUGGCGCGCCGUGGCGCGGGAUGUGUGGGACACAGUGGGCGUGGGUGAGGAGCCCGAUGGCCAACCGGCCGCCGAGGUGGAUGACCUGCGGGCUCACGUUGACAGGCUGACAGGUAUCCUGCAGGAGGUGAAGCUACAAAAUAACAUGAAGGACGAGGAAAUCCGGGCGCUGAGGGACCGCGUGCUGAAGAUGGAACAGGUUGUGCCUGCAGCGAAUCCGGAUGGGAGUCCGGCCACAGGAGGGGAGGAGGUGGGCAGCCCAGCCCUGCGCAUCGGUCGGCUUAUGGAGGAGGAUCCGACCUUUCGUCGGGGGCGGCUGCGGUGGCUACAGCAGGAGCAGCAGCGGGUCCUCAACUUGCAGCAACAGCAGCUGGGCCGCCGGCCGCGCAGGAAAACAGGCGGCCGCUUCAUCCCGCCGCAUGACUGCAAGCUGCGAUUCCCCUUUAAAAGCAACCCACAGCAUCGUUACUCGUGGGGCCCCAGCAACGAAUCUACAGACCCUAGCAAUGAACCCGGUCACCCUGGCAACGGGUCUACAGACCUCAGCAACAGGCCGACAGACCCAAGCAACAAUCCGGAUUACCCUGACAACGGGCUUACAGAUCCCAGCAGCAGGCCCGAGUACCUUGGUAGAGGGCCUACAGACCCCAGCAACAGGCCUGAUCACCCUGGCAAUGGGCCUACGGACCUUAGCAAUGGGUCCAUUCAUCCUGGCACUCACCCCAGCCACUGGCCCACUGACAUCAGUAAGAGGCCUGGUCACCCAGGCAAUGGGCCCAUGGAACCUAGCAACAGGCCUAGCUCAACACCUGCUGCUGCCAACUAUGCCUCCCAGGCACCGCGGCGCAAGCCUGGGCCGGACGAGAAGCCUCGAGGACGAGGUCCGAGAGCCUGGCCAGGUCCAGGCACCAUGCACCCCCAGCACCGGAGGCCAUUCCGCCGCAACUCCUUCGAUAACGGGGCUGGGGGCCGCACCCGCUUCCCCCGCCGACCACCCUCCCCUGACGAGCGGCCUCCUGCUGCCCCUGAGCACUGCAGGCCCCAGCCUCAACACUGGGGCCGGAGUUCUGAGUCUGGACCCCACCCCCAGCGUGCUGAGCCUCCCCGCCAGAGAGCCUACACCCCCCCCCCUCGCAUGAGGCGACAGCACUCGGCACCCAAUUUGCAGCAGAAGGGCAGCCAGGGCUAACGCAGCCUCCCGCUCCGGGCACCGACCGGGGAGAGGGGCUGAAGGUGCGCUGGGGAGGGAGGGUGCAAGGCAUGUGCCCAGAGGCAACGCUGCAAGGAAGUUUGUGCAGGGAGGGGCAGGUGUUGAGGGGAUGGAAGUGCGUUGCAGGAGGCUUGGAGUGUGUCAGGAGGGAAGGUGUGUGUUAGGAAUGGAGGGUGGGCAAGAGGUGUGCCAGAUGUGCAACUAGAGAGUGAUGUGGAUGGGAAAGGGUGUGUGUGUGUCAGGAGGGGCGUUUGUGUGAGGGGAGUGUUGG